UAUCAGUAUUUUGAUCGGCGCUCCGAAAGCCAACACCAGCCAACCCGACAUCACCGAAGGAGGAGCUGUGUACUUGUGCCCCUGGAGCCAAGCUAACUGCAGCAUAGUCAACUUUGACAAGCAAGGUGAUCGAUAUUUUUAUAUAAAUGAUGUGAACACUCAGGUUGAGUUCAAGUCUCAUCAGUGGUUUGGAGCUACUGUGCGUUCCCAUGGUAACAGCAUCCUGGCUUGUGCCCCCAGGUAUUACUGGAGGACUGAACAUGACACACCCUUCGCCGAUGUUACAGGAACCUGCUACCUCUCUGUAGAUGGCCUCAAAACAUUUGUGGAGUACGCCCCCUGCCGAACAGAAAGACAUGGACCUGCUGGACAGGGCUAUUGUCAGGGGGGAUUUAGUGCAGAUUUCACCAAGGAUGGGAGGGUUGUGCUUGGAGGACCAGGCAGCUUUUACUGGCAAGGUCAGCUGAUCUCAGCCACCACAGACGAGAUUGUUAAAGCCUACUACCCCUCGUACUUUCUGCUCUCGGUUGCCGGGCAGAUUCAGACACGACAGGUGCAGGGAAGCUAUGAUGACAGUUACCUGGGUUACUCUGUGGCUGGUGGCGAGUUCAGUGGGGAUGAUGAGGAAGAUUUCAUCACAGGAGUUCCAAAAGGACUCAUGCUAUAUGGUGUAGUGUCCAUAUUAAAUGGAAGGGAUCUGAAGUCUCUGCACAACUUGACAGGGGAGCAGAUGGGGUCUUACUUCGGCUACGCGGUGGCAGCCACCGACAUCAACAACGACGGUUUGGAUGACCUGGUGGUGGGAGCUCCAAUGUUCAUGCGUCGAGGGUCUAAUGGGCAUCUGGAGGAGCUGGGUAAAGUGUAUGUGUACCUCCAGAGGGGCCCUCUGCUGUUGGAGCCAGGCCAGUCCCACCUCCUCGGUCGACAAGCCUUCAGCCGGUUCGGCACCUCGCUGGCUCCGCUGGGUGAUCUCAACCAGGAUGGAUUCAACGACAUGGCCAUCGGCUGUCCCUAUGGAGGAGACGACCAGCAUGGAUUGGUUCUCAUUUAUAACGGCCACGCUGGAGGACUGAUGGACACGCCCACUCAGACGCUCUCUGGCCAAUGGGCUUUCAGCUCUUUUCCUGCCAGUUUUGGCUUUGCCCUGCGAGGCAACAGAGAUCUGGAUCAAAACGGCUACCCAGAUCUGAUUGUUGGUGCUUUUGGGGUUGACAAAGCAGUGCUAUACAGGGCUCGGCCAAUAGUGAGUGCCAGUGCGUCUCUCAUAGUGCAGCCGACCAUGUUCAACCAGGAGGAGAAGACUUGCGAGCUGUUCACAGGGAAUGAAACAAUUGCUGUGUCUUGUGUCAGCAUCAGUUUCUGCCUGCUGGCUAAUGGGAAGCACCUCCCCUCUCAUCUAGGCUUCGUGGUGGAGGUUCAGUUAGACAGUGUGAAGCAGAACCAGAAGGAGUCCAUCAGGAGGACUCUGUUCCUGGACAGCCAGCAGCCCAGUUUGCUGAAGAGCUUCAGCCUCGCCAACAGAGAACAAUCAUGCCAUGACACCAAGAUCUAUCUACAGAGUGAAGAGGAGUUUCGGGAUAAACUCUCUCCCAUUUACAUCAGCCUCAACUUCAGUCUGGAUCCUCAUGCCCCAGUGGACCAGCACGGCCUCAGACCAGUUCUAAAUUAUCAGACAGAACAGCGUAUAGUGCAGAAGGCCCAGAUUCAACUCGAUUGUGGAGAGGACAACAUCUGUGUCCCUGACCUCAAGCUGGCUGUUUAUGGUGACAGAACAGAGGUUUACCUGGGUGAUGAAAACUCCUUGAGCCUCACCUUCCAUGCCAGGAACGAGGGAGAGGGGGGGGCUUACGAGGCUGAGCUCUACGUGGUGCUUCCCCCAGAGGCCGACUACAGCGGGAUAGCACGCAACAAUGUGAGCUUGACUCAGCUGACGUGCAGCUAUGAGGCAGAAAACCAGACCCGCUAUCUCGUGUGUGAUCUGGGAAACCCCAUGAAGUCUGGUACAAGUUUAUGGGCCGGCCUUCGGUUCACUGUGCCAAGACUGAAGGACACUCACAAAACUGUAGUGUUUGAGCUCCAGAUACGAAGUAAAAAUGCAAAUAACUCCGAGAGUGAGGUGGUGCUGUAUGAGCUGGAGGUGGCUGCUAUGGCUGAUGUCAUUCUGCAGGGUGUCUCUCGCCCAGACAAAGUCAUCUUUCCCCCUCCCAACUGGAGUUUUAGUAAGAGCCUGAGGGAGGAGAAGGACAUCGGCCCCGAGGUUCAGCAGGUCUAUGAGUUGGUGAAUAAUGGUCCCAGUGUGGUCAGCCAGUCGACAUUAGAGGUAAGAUGUCCUCUUAGAGCUCAGGACCACGAGCUGCUUCACCCUGUGGAAGUGCUCACUGAGGGGCCACUCAGCUGCUCCUCUAAACACACCUUCAAGCUCCAGCCUCCAGCAGCAGAGGGUCCCACGUCACUGAAAUCCAGCACUGAGCACCUUCUGGCUGAACAAGGAAACCUGACCUGCUCUACAGUGGAGUGCUGGCAGCUGCAGUGUGAUGUUGGGCUGCUGGAGAGAGGAGCCAACGUUAUCCUGACUGUGCGCUCCAGACUCUGGGCUGAAACCUUCAUCGAGAGGGCCUAUAAGCAGUAUGUUCUGGAGUGCUCUGCUCACUACAAGGUGGACAGGAUGCCUUAUUCUAUUCCCCCCAAAUUCAAGCCAUCGGGAUCCAAAAAGGUGGUGACAGCUGUGGUGUGGAACAAGCCGGACAGUCUGUUCUCUGUUCCAGUGUGGAUCAUCAUCCUGGCUGUUCUAGCUGGGUUGCUAUUACUCUCCCUGCUUGUAUAUCUACUAUACAAGAUGGGCUUCUUUAAAAGGUCAGAUCCGUACGGUACAACCAUGGAGAAGGCCCAGCUCAAACCCCAAGCGUCCUCUGAAGCUUAGAUGGAGCCUCCACUGCAGCUGUUCCAAAGAACUGGAAUCAUUGUCACAUUCCCAAACAAACAAGGAAACUUGCUAAUGAUUAGCAGGCAACCCAUUUACGAAGAGACAGUUAUGGGUGCUGUAUCACUGGAAUAAACAAUAUCUGGUGCUGCACUAAAAUGCCAAAGCAGGAAAGACUACAAGGGUAAUGCAGUUGAGUAUGCACUGCUGUUUUGGACAUGAAUUUGUACAAUCAGAGCAAGAUUUAUGAAGCUUCUGCAGAAAGUCAAGGAUUUGCUCCUUAGAAGCUCAUCCCCGUGGAAAAAUGUUUCAUUGGAAAAUACUCCUUGUAGUCCAGUGUGUUGAGCCCAAAUCGAUACAGGGAAAAAAAUGCACCUCCAACAAAAGGCACUAAUGCUACAGUAUUUCUUUGUUCCUGAAAGGUGUAUUUUAAGCCAUGUUUGCAAUCCCAGUGUUUUGUUAAAAUUCCUGCUUUUGUAUGAUUUAUACACCACUCUUUAUUUAUGGCACAAUGUUUUUCCUAUUGGUUGUUGAAUGUUGUACUGUACUGUCUGCAGGACAAUCCUGAUGAAACUGCAAUGUUUAACUUGAAUUAUUCCUCUCCCAUAUUGGGAGGUAUUUUGUGUAUGUUGUGGUGUUUAUGUAAUGUAUUCAUUGUGUUAUGACCCAUUGGUGUUGUGGCCCAGAAUAAAGCCUGAUUUUGUAUACCCA